AUGGCCCCAACAGCCAAGACUCUCACGUACCUGGCGCAGGAGAAGACCCUCGAAUCCAGCUUCGUCAGGGACGAGGACGAGCGCCCCAAGGUUGCCUACAACCAGUUCAGCGACGAGAUCCCCAUUAUUUCUCUCGACGGAAUCGACGAAGUCCAUGGCCGCAGACAAGACAUUUGCGACAAAAUCGUCCAGGCUUGCGAGAAUUGGGGUAUUUUCCAGGUUGUUGAUCACGGUGUCGACCUUAAACUCAUCUCCCAAAUGACUCGUCUCGCCACCCAGUUCUUCGCUUUGCCGCCGGAGGAGAAGCUUCGCUUCGACAUGUCCGGUGGCAAAAAGGGUGGCUUCAUUGUCUCCAGCCAUCUCCAAGGGGAAUCGGUGCAAGAUUGGAGAGAGAUUGUGACAUACUUUUCGUAUCCAAUCAAAGAGAGGGACUAUUCCCGGUGGCCAGAUACACCAGAAGGGUGGAGAGCAGUGACUGAGGAAUAUAGCGAGAAGCUGAUGGGUCUGGCGUGCAAAUUGUUGGAGGUAUUGUCUGAGGCAAUGGGACUAGAAAAGGACGCUUUGACCAAUGCAUGUGUUGAUAUGGACCAAAAGGUUGUGGUCAAUUACUACCCCAAAUGCCCUCAACCUGACCUCACCCUCGGUCUCAAACGCCACACUGAUCCUGGUACCAUCACCUUGCUGCUUCAAGACCAAGUGGGUGGACUUCAAGCAACCAAGGACAAUGGUAAAACCUGGAUCACUGUUCAGCCUGUUGAGGGUGCUUUUGUUGUCAAUCUUGGAGACCAUGGUCAUUAUCUCAGCAAUGGCAGGUUCAAGAAUGCUGAUCACCAAGCAGUGGUGAACUCCAACUAUAGCCGUUUGUCAAUAGCCACGUUUCAGAAUCCAGCACCAAAUGCAACUGUGUACCCUUUGAAGAUCAGAGAGGGCGAGAAACCUGUGCUGGAGGAACCAAUCACUUUUGCUGAAAUGUACAGGAGGAAAAUGAGUAAGGAUCUUGAGAAUGCUAGGAUGAAGAAGCUGGCUAAAGAAAAGCAAUUGCAGGACCUUGAGAAGGAAAAGCAAUUGAAGGAUCUUGAGAAGACAAAUCUGGAGGCCAAACCUUUGAAGGAGAUUCUUGCUUAA